UGGAGAGGGCAGCAGUGCUUGAAGCCCCAGACAGGUGACACUAACCCCCAACACCAGCUCUCUCAUGUCUGCUCCUCCUUGUGCCCCCAGAGCCCACCUGGUCACUUCUUCAGAAUGGCCUCAUGCCCAGCUAGAAUGCCAAGUCCACAGCCCUCAAGGGCCAAUGGGAACAUCAGCCUGGGGCCUUCAGCCAACCUAAAUGCCAGGCCCACAGACUUUGACUUCCUCAAAGUCAUUGGGAAAGGGAACUAUGGGAAGGUCCUACUAGCCAAGCACAAGUCCGACGGGACGUUCUAUGCUGUGAAGGUGCUGCAGAAAAAGUCUAUCUUAAAGAAGAAAGAGCAGAGCAACAUCAUGGCAGAGCGCAGUGUGCUUCUGAAGAAUGUGCAGCACCCCUUCCUUGUGGGCCUGCGCUACUCCUUCCAGACAUCAGAGAAGCUCUACUUUGUGCUUGACUAUGUCAACGGGGGAGAGCUCUUCUUCCAUCUACAGCGGGAACACCGGUUCCUGGAGCCCCGGGCCCGGUUCUACGCAGCUGAGGUGGCCAGUGCCAUUGGCUAUCUGCACUCCCUCAACAUCAUUUACAGGGACCUAAAGCCAGAGAACAUUCUCUUGGACUGCCAGGGACACGUGGUGCUGACUGAUUUUGGCCUCUGCAAGGAAGGUGUAGAGCCCGAGGAGACCACAUCCACGUUCUGUGGCACUCCUGAGUACUUGGCUCCUGAAGUGCUUCGUAAACAGCCUUAUGAUCGGGCAGUGGACUGGUGGUGCUUGGGGGCAGUCCUGUAUGAGAUGCUUCAUGGCCUGCCUCCUUUCUACAGCCGAGAUCUGUCCCAGAUGUAUGAGAACAUUCUGCACCAGCCGCUACAGAUCCCUGGGGGUCGGACAGUGGCCGCCUGUGACCUCCUGCAAGGCCUUCUCCACAAGGACCAGAGGCAGCGCCUGGGCUCCAAAGCAGACUUUCUUGAGAUUAAGAACCAUGUAUUCUUCAGCCCCAUAAACUGGGAUGACUUGUACCACAAGAGGCUGACUCCACCCUUCAACCCAAAUGUGGCAGGACCUGCUGACUUGAAACACUUUGACCCAGAGUUCACACAGGAAGCCGUGUCCAAGUCCAUUGGCUGCACCCCUGACACAGUGGCCAGCAGCUCUGGGGCGUCAGGUGCAUUCCUGGGAUUUUCAUAUGUGCCGGAGGAUGAUGACAUCUUGGAUUGGUAG